AUGCCUUCAAAAAAGACUAUUAAAGAAAAUUCCCAGCAACAAAUUUUAAUAAGUGUUGACCACGAGGAAGGUUUGACAUCAAACGAUGUAUCAUUAAAACUUUCUUCUGCAGGACAGAUAUUAGAAAAAGAUUUAACUAUUACAAAUAGCAUAAAUGAUGUAGAUACGAAUACAAAUAUUACAAUAGGGCAGGAUACCCAUGAUAAAAUUUGUAGUAAUGAAGAGAAAUCCUCGGUAAAAAUCGCAUCUCGCUCCAAAUCAAAUGCUAUACAGGUUUUAAACAAGUCGAAUUUGACUUCUGCGCAAGCAAAACAGACUAAUGUUGCAAAAGAAAAACCAAAAUCUAAUGCAAAGACAGAAAUAGAUAAAAAAAAAGUUACAUCAACUCCUAAAAUUAAAAAUGUAAAUUCUCGAAAACAAAAAAAUGAGCCUAUCUCAACUAUAGAUGAUAAUUCCUCAGAAAAUAAUAAAUCAUUAAGUAAAAGACGUUCAGCACCUCCAAAAUUAAACCUUACUGCCAAAAAUCGUCCUAUUGAUCCACCAAAACAGUCUCCCUUGAGGUCUACCGUUACAUCUGAUUCAUUAGCAAACCUCCAGCUUGUGUCUCCUAAAAUAAUAGAAUUACGUCGUUCAGAACCUUUUUCUUCAAAGUCUAACGGUAAUAUGGAUGAGGAUAAUCAAUCUACUGCGACAAAUACUCAAAAAAAAAGUACAAAGCAACCAUCGUUCUCUUCUAAAGUUCGCCGUGGCUCCACUGUAAGGACUCAAACCAAAAAGGCGCCAUCUGCUUUGGGUGUCUUACCUAAAGGAGAACUUAAUCAAGAAUUACUUGCAAGAUUGGAAGAACAAAAUUCUCAAUUGCCUCCACAGGAUUCUACAGAAUUCCUUCUUGCACGUCUCGAACGUCAAAAUGAAAUGCUGGAUAGCGAUCCUAAAUCAGUUUGCAUUAAAUCUAAUGUCCUUAAAGCCAACUUAGAAACAGUUCAAUCCCUUAUCAACAAUAACACAAACUUAACAGUAAAAGAUGUUUCGGAUGAAAUAAUUCCUGUUCUUGAAAAUGAAGAUUUUUCUGAUAUCAUUGAUUUGGACUUUUGGACUGCAAUAAUUCAAGAUUACACUUCAGUGGCAGCAAAGCUUCCUCAUCUUCUUGCAGCAAAGUUACAACAAGGUUUACCUCCAAAAUUGAGAGGUUUGGUUUGGCAAUCUAUGAGCCAGGCUUCUUCGACUUAUCUCGAAACGAUGUAUUCUCAACUUUUAACGGAAUCUUCUCCUUAUGAUAAAAUAAUUCAACGAGAUUUAGCUAGAACAUUUCCUUCUAUAGAAAUGUUUAAAGAAGAAAAUGGUGAAGGACAAACGAUGCUCUGGAAUGUAUUAAAGGCUUAUAGUCUUUAUGAUCCCUUGGUAGGAUAUUGUCAAGGUCUCGGGUUUUUGGUUGGACCACUAUUAAUGAAUAUGAAGGAAGUUCAAGCAUUUUGUGUUUUCGUUAGAUUGAUGGAAACAUAUGAUAUGAGAACCAUGUUCACACUUAACAUGGAAGGACUUCAGCUUAGACACUACCAAUUUUCCGCUCUUCUCUCACAAAUUCUUCCUAAUCUUCAUGCACAUUUCCUUGAAUACGGGGUCAAUGUAGCCAUGUUUGCUUCUCAAUGGUUCUUGUCCCUUUUUGCUUACACAUACCCCUUGCCACUUGUCUUGCGAAUUUAUGAUAUCGUAUUCGCUGAAGGAGCGCCUGAAACGAUCAUGCGUGUCGCUGUUGCUCUGUUACAAAAGAAUGAAGCUAAAUUGCUUGAACUUGAGGAAUUUGAGGAUUUGUUAGAUUUUCUUACAUCAAGUCUCUACGAGUCAUACAAUAAUGAACCUACUGGAUUAAUACAUGAUGCCAUGGCUUUAAGUUCAGUGAUUACAAAAGCCAAAUUGGAUCAACUCUCAGAGAUCUAUGUCAAGGAAUUGGAUGAACAAAAGAAGAGGGCAGAUGAAUUAGUUGCAGUUAGGUUUAAUGGAAGGUUUGGUAGAAACAAAAAGGAGAAGAAGAGCCGUGAGAAACGUGACAAACCUAAACGUUGGACAUUCAGCGCUCUUCCAAGUUCGAGGGAUUCUUCUAGCACAGCUAGCGAUUUGUCUACAUCGGAAAAUGAAUCUUCUCAAGCCUCAAUCCCAACACCACUUUCACCAAGUAGUGCAAAUAUUGGAAUUUUGCAUCAACAGAUAGAAGAUCUCGUGACAGCACUAUCGCUUCUUCAAAAAGAACAUGUAGAUGUUACCGAACAACUAGUAACCAUUAAAAUGGAAAAGAUGGACUUUAUAACAGAAAUUGAAUCAUUAAAAUCGAAAUUAAAAGGUUUAGAAAAAGAAAAUAAGAGAAUGUCAACAGAUUCAAUAUAUUCAAUUGAAUCUACAACUACUUUAAAUGAUGAAAAUUCAUAUUCUGAACGAACGACUAGAAUAUCAUCACCAGUAACUCCACCCUCUUUAUCGAAGGCAGAAUUUUUCAUAAAACAACAUGAAGCUUUCAAAUCAAAAAAUUCACAAACACAACAUCUAUCCGAAUCAACAUAUACCACGAUGCCUAAUCAGAAAUCGACUUUAGGUAACGAAAAAGUACAUGAUACUAAUACAGAUAAUUGGACGCAUGAAUUUAAGAAAGAUUUUAUGAGUGAAACCACAAUGGCUGAAGAGCUCGAACGAGUAAAAGAGGAAAAAUGGGAAUUAAUUCAAGAAAACAUAGAAUUAGUCAAACGCGUUGAAGAAUUGGAAGUCGCGAUGGAAAAUGCUACAUUGACACAAAGUCAAUUGUUAGAUAGAAAUGUCUUUUUACGAGAAGAAAUAGAACGACUUGAUGAGGAAGCUACACAAGCAUUAUAUGAGCAAAGUACAAUGGAGAAUGACGUAAAAGAAGUGAAGAAUCUGAGAUCAGAGAAUGCAAAACUUAUCACGGAAAAUGAAAGGCUCAAAAAAGAACUAAAACAAGGAACUAAUUUAAAUGAAGAAAGAGAAAUCCACGAAAUUCGUGAAAUCCGUGAUAUAAAUAACAAAUCUACAACUAAUCGACGUGUUUCAUUCUUGAGUUUCUUUGGUACGGACACAGGACCUAAAAAUAACACAAAAAGAAGGAACUCAGAUUUACAAAUUUCAGAAUGCAUAGGUGAAUGUAUCGCGAAAAAACGAGCAGAUAAUGCGGAACAGAUGUUGAAACAUGUUAAAUCAUUACUUGUUCAAAGUGAAGCAGCUAGGGAAGCCAUGAGCACACAACUAGAAGAAUUAAAUAAUUUGAUAAAUGGUUUCAGUGACAUUUCGGAUUUGGUUCCUUUCGAACCUGAGGAAAUAAAUUCUAAACCAAACCGGGAAAAACGAUAUUCGACAUUAUCUUUAGCAUCUUUUUUCGGUAGCGUAUCAUAG